AGAGACUGAAUCCUAUUGCGGACGCCGAGGCUAGUUGUCUAUAUUUAGAAUUGUUUUUGUCUUAUCAUUUGACAACUUGUUUCCGGAAAUGUGGAAAUUUGUAGCCGACGCUGAAGUUAGAUUUUGAGAUAGCACCGACCUCGGCUUGGUGAUUAUUCUUUGUACAACAUACACAACAAACCAAGAUGAUGGAGAGAUGUAGAUCAGAAUGCAGAGAUUGCAGUAACCUAUGACUCAUGCAAAACUACAACCAACACUGGUCACACCCAAAACCUCAUUCCAUUUUCCCCAGACUGCAGUCCCCCCCAUGAGAUGUCAGUAGCAAUGGCACCUAAAUUUUCUUCAAUGUCUGGACCUUGCAGACUUUGCUUUAAGGCUGCCAAGUGGUUGCCAGUCCUUUUUAUUGUAACAGUUGUGGUAUGGUCAUACUAUGCCUAUGUCAUCCAGCUGAAUUUAUUCUCCAUUGACAGCAUCAUUGAAAAAAGUUUUUACUUAUUUGUUUACCACAUUCUGCUGUUCCUCUUCCUGUGGGCAUAUUGGCAGACAAUUUUCACAGAAAUUGGCAGAGUACCCAAACAGUUCCGACUACCGCCCUCUGAACUAGAAAGGUAUGAGGCUGCAGAAAGUGAUGAAGUUAGACGUGACAUAUUGGAGAGAUUUACUGAAAAGAACAAACUCCCUGUGUACAAUCGCACUAUGACAGGAGAUAUACGUUACUGUGAGAAAUGUGUCCAGAUCAAGCCAGACAGAAGUCACCACUGUUCAGUUUGUGGAGAGUGUGUGCUGAAGCUAGACCAUCAUUGCCCUUGGGUCAAUAAUUGUGUUGCCUUCACAAACUACAAAUUCUUUGUCUUAUUUUUGGGCUAUGCUCUUAUUUAUUGCCUCUUCAUUGCUGCAACCACUUUGCAAUAUUUCAUCAAAUCCUGGAAGAAUCAGUUGGGAGAAGUGUCAGGAAAGUUCCACAUACUGUUUGUCUUUUUUGUAUCCAUCAUGUUUGCAAUCAGUCUGGUAUCCUUGUUUGGAUACCACAUCUUCCUUGUUUCCAAGAACAGGUCCACUCUGGAGUCUUUCCGUGCACCGAUCUUCCGCCUGAGUCACACGUGGGUCCAAGACAAAGAUGGUUUUAGCUUGGGUGCAUACAACAACUUUCUGGAAGUGUUUGGCGACAACAAGAAGUUGUGGUUCCUGCCGGUAGCCACCAGUCUAGGCGAUGGUGUAAGUUACCCGGUGCGCGGCCAACAGCCCCCUUCUACUACUACUGCCACCACUACCCCAGUGCAAUCCUAUGGCAGCACACAGACCAGGGAACAUACUUGUGAUGAGAAUGCAUGCGCCGCUAAUGACCAUCCAGACACCAUAUAACCAAGAAAUAUACAGUAUUCAUAUAUGUUUGAGAAGGCUUCUUCAAUUGCAGUUUGCAGCCAUCAUUGUUUAUGCCAAAAGAAAUGUUCAAAAUAGAAGAAAAAAAGGAUUGCAGAUCUUGUUUGAUUAUUUGCAACUACUUGUAACGUGAAAACAGUUGUAUUACUGUAAUACCUGAAAUAUAUAUAUAUAUGAAAUACAAUCCUUGUAAAUUGUUACAAUAUCAACUUUGGAUGUGAUAUUUUAUACAUAUAAUUUUUUAUUGAUAAUUGAUCAACUUUGUCAGUAUAUAGUAUUUUUUAUAUAUGUGUAUAGAUGAAGAAUCUAUUACUAUGUGUAAACGUAUAUAAUUCUAUUGGAAUUAUAUUACAUUUAUUAGUUAUUCAGUUACAUUUUUCAAAAAAGAAAGAAAAAGUAUAUAUAUUUUAAUAUUAUUUGACAAAUUGCACAGCCCAACCACAUUUCCAGUACAAGUCUAUUAUCAUAUCUGCAAAAUUCUGUCUGCCAUUUUUUGGGGAUGGGAUAAUAUAUCUGAUAAAAAUUCUAAAAA